UAUUGAUAAUACAAAUAAUUUGAUGAAUAGAAAAACGUAAAUAGAAAAUACUUUAUAAACAGAAAACAAUGUGUAUUUUAUGAAAAUAAAAGGAAAUGUUAAAAGAUUGAAUACAAGAAAGUUAUUAAAUGGAAUUAUAAGUUGAUAAAUACAAAACCUUAAUGAUUAAUAAAUGGAAAAUACAUUAGUAAAUAGAAAAUAAUCUGAUAUUAUAUGAUAUACCUUAAUAGAUAAUAAUAAUAAUAAUAAUAAAAGAACAAGCAAUAAAAAAUAACCAAUGAAUAAAUAAAAGUUAAUAGAAACAAUACAUCCCCAACCCCCCAACAAACCCCAAAACAAAACGAAACGAAAAACAAACAAAAACCUUUGUUAAAUGGAAAAUACGUUACGCAUAUUAACCACUACACAAGCCGGUAUGGAUUCUUACACACCCUAAGUGAUUUGAUUACAAUAUCAUAAUAUAUAUGAUAUGUACUAAAUGUAGUAGUUAAUUUUGAAGGAUUAUAGUUCAUCUUAUUCAAAAGAAAGGACUGGAUGGGGUAGAGAAGAGUUAUAUUGUUUUUAUUUUGGCGGGGUCUGUUGUCAUGUCAGAGUUGCUAAAUUUGGACGAUUCAGAGACGGGAGAUGUUUGUUGUCACCACGAUACUUUCACAGUGUUGUGUAAAAUUCACUGUGAUUUCACGGACGCUAAAAUAAAACUCCCCAAUGGAAACUAUUACGGAUAUUGUCUGAAUGAUAUUAAUGGACAGUCACAGUGUAAUGGACCUGCCAUGGUGAGGGAUGGAAAAUACGAAGCCAAUCUCACUAUGGAUUACAAAGAGCACAAAGGGGAGGAUUUCAAAUUUCUACUCUCCUGUCAGAACGGAACGAAUCACGAGUUUGCUUUGAAAUCAUGCAGGUCGGGCUUUAACAUCACCUAUUGCAAAAAUUCUGAUUCUGUAAACAUCAAUAUAACGUUCAAAGACAUCGACCAACCCAGACAAUUAGACUUCAAGAAAGAAAACUAUUCCGAAAUCUUAGUGUCAUGUGAUCUUGACCAGGCCAAAUGUACCAAUGACAGAUUAGCAUCUGUACAUAAAGGAGUCGCACACAUCCAGAUGCCUUUGUCAUAUGGAAGAAGAUUUGAAAUUUCAGAAGACGGUCAACCAAAGGCCAUUAACACGGAAGAUGCCGUAUCCUGCCAUGGAAAGGAGUGUAACUGGAGGUUUCUGGACGACAAAACACCACCAUCCCAUGCAGUAUCGCCGAGUCCUUGUCACAUGGCACUCGGACUUUUUUUAUUAGCAUUACUAAUUAAUCAGCGUUGUUUCUGUUUUUCUUUUAUUUUGCUGGUUUGCUUUUUGUGGGCAUUUUUGUUUUGAACGACAAGGUUUGGUUUGUACUGUAUAUAUGUUUUUACAGUUUGUUUAAUUUUUUUUUAAUUUUCACAGUAUUUUGUUUUAUUACAGGGGAAAUCAUUAGGUAAUUAGUAACAAUGUAUGAUAUAUUUCUGGGUGAUCUCCCCUUUUUACAGCCUCAUUCCCAUUUUUACAUUAAUUUGUUUUUAUAUCACAGGAGAUCGCUACGCAAUUCUAAUAAGUACCAUUCUAUGUCAUUCUGGUUGAUCUCCCCUUUACAUUGUCAUCACAGCAAAUGACAAUUCACACAAGUAAUGUUGUUUGUCUUAUAGCAAGUUUACACGUUUCAGUUAAUCAACCUUAAAUGGGUUUUAUAUAAAACUGAUUUUAAGAACAUAAUAUCUUUAAGAACACAUUCUUAAAACUGAUUUUAAGAACAUAUCUUUAAAACUGAAUUGAAUAAGAACAUAGUUUUUAAGAACACAUAUUUCAAACUGAUUUUUAAGAUCAUACAUUUUAAACUCAUUUUUAAAGAACGUAUGAUUUAAUUGAUUUUUAAGAACAAACAUUUUAAACGGAUUUAAAAAAAAAACCCAUAUCUUUAAAAAUGAAGUAAUCUUCACUAAUUUAUUUUAUUUUAAUUUUAAUAACUCCUUUCUUUCCCCUUCCUCUCGUUAAAAGCUUCACAAAACAAAAACGAUAAACUGAGUGAGAAUAACAUGGUUUGAAAACUGAAUAAUUAUAUAAAAAAUGUCUGAAAACAGCAUACGCAGUGUUUACAAUAAGCAUAUAUUAUUUACUAAUGUCACCUUGUAUAUCGUGAUUGAAUAAUAUAACGGUUCAAAUAAUAUAUAUGUUCAUGAUUGUAUUAAAACAGAUUGAUUCAAUGGU